ACAUAUAAAAGAAUUCUAAGCCAGCUAUUUUCAUUUAAACCGACACAAUUAUAACAAUUUCUCACUGUUCUAUUUUAUUUUUUCAACUGCUCAAAACAGAGUAAACAAAAAACAAAAACCUCGUAAUAAAAAACUCAAAAAUUAAGAACCUUUGAUUGAUGGCACUUACAAAUGAAAUCAUGGGUUCUUCAUUGGUAGAAAGAUCUUUGUUUCCUUCGUCUUCACCAAGUUUUCAACAGAAACGUGGAAGUUUCUUGAUCAACCCUGUUUUGGUUCCUUUAGGAAACAGAAGAGUUUUGAAAUUGAGAAAAUCUGCUAAGUUUCCUGUUGCAGCUAUAAGUGAGGAUUUGGUGAAGUCUUCUUCUUCUUCUUCUUCUUCUUCUUCUUCUUCUUCUUCUGUUCCUGAAGAGAAACCAGUGAAAUUCAAAGUUAGAGGUGUUGUGACAAUAAGGAACAAGAUCAAAGAGGAUUUCAAAGAGACUUUUGUUAAACAUCUUGAUGCUUUAACUGAUAGGAUUGGAAGAAAUGUUGUUCUUGAACUUUAUAGCACUGAGAUGGAUCCAAAAACAAAAGCUGCAAAGAAGAGUAGUGAAGCAGUGUUGAAGGAUUGGUCAAAGAAGACAAACAUUAAGGCAGAGAGAGUGAAUUACAUAGCUGAAUUCAUAGUGGAUUCAAGUUUUGGAGAGCCAGGAGCUAUUACUAUUAUAAACAAUCAUCAACAAGAAUUUUACUUGGAAAGUAUAACCCUUGAAGGAUUUGCAACUGGACCAGUUCAUUUCCCUUGCAACUCUUUUGUUCAAGCCAGAAAAGAUCUUCCUGGAAAGAGGAUUUUCUUUUCUAAUAAGGCUUAUUUACCGGAUGAUACACCUGCUGGGAUUAAAACUUUGAGAGAGAAAGAGCUGAGAAAUUUGAGAGGUGAUGGAAGUGGAGUUAGAAAAUUAUCUGACAGAAUUUAUGACUAUGAUACAUACAAUGAUUUGGGAAAUCCAGAUAGAGGAAUUGAAUUUGCAAGACCAACACUUGGUGGAUCUGAAAUGUAUCCAUACCCAAGACGGUGUCGUACUGGCCGUGGACCAUCUGAUACAGAUAUAACCGCUGAGAGUCGUGUAGAGAAGCCACAUCCUAUGUACGUACCAAGAGAUGAACGGUUUGAGGAAUCAAAACAGAACACAUUUUCAGUGAAGAGGCUAAAGGCAGUGCUACAUAACUUGCUUCCUGGCCUUAAAUCAAGUCUUUCUGCUCACAACCAAGAUUUCAAUGACUUUUCAGAUGUUGAUGGCCUUUACAGUGUAGGGUUACUCAUUAAGUUGGGUUUGCAAGAUGAUGUUUUGAAGAAAUUACCAUUACCUAAAAUUUUUAGCAAAAUUCAAGAAUCUAGCCAGGGUCUUCUAAAGUAUGACACUCCCAAAAUUAUAUCAAAGGAUAAAUUUGCUUGGUUGCGAGAUGACGAAUUUGCCCGUCAAGCAAUAGCAGGAGUUAACCCUGUUACAAUUCAGAGCCUUAAAGUUUUCCCACCUGUUAGUAAAUUAGAUCCUGAAAUCUAUGGUCCACAAGAAUCUGCUCUUAAAGAAGAGCACAUUUUAAGCCAACUUAAUGGCAUGACUGUCCAACAGGCACUUGAUGAGAAUAAGCUGUUUAUAAUAGAUUAUCAUGAUAUCUAUCUUCCAUUUCUUGAAAGGAUCAAUGCAUUGGAUGGUAGAAAAUCAUAUGCCACACGUACCAUAUACUACCUGACACCCCUUGGGACUCUAAAACCUGUUGCUAUUGAACUUAGCCUGCCACCAUCUGGACCAAAUACACCAUCAAAACGUGUAGUUACACCUCCUUUAGAUGCAACUACUAAUUGGAUGUGGAUGCUUGCUAAGGCCCAUGUUUGCUCCAAUGAUGCUGGUGUGCAUCAACUUGUCAACCAUUGGUUACGCACACAUGCUUGCAUGGAACCAUUUAUAUUAUCUGCUCAUAGGCAAUUAAGUGCAAUGCAUCCAAUAUUCAAAUUAUUGGAUCCACACAUGAGGUACACUUUGGAGAUCAAUGCUUUAGCUCGCCAGAGUUUGAUCAAUGCAGAUGGUGUCAUUGAGUCUUGUUUCACUCCUGGUCGAUAUGGCAUGGAGAUUAGUUCUGCUGCUUACAAAAGCUUUUGGCGUAUUGACAAAGAUAGUCUCCCUGAAGAUCUCAUCCGCAGAGGAAUGGCAGUACCUGACCCAACACAACCAUAUGGUCUAAAGCUAGUGAUGAAAGAUUACCCUUAUGCAGAAGAUGGUCUAUUAAUCUGGUUUGCAAUAGAAAAUUGGGUUCGUACCUAUGUCAACUAUUACUAUCCAAACCCAACUAUAUUAUGCAAUGAUAGAGAGUUACAAGCUUGGUACUCUGAAUCAAUCAAUGUGGGCCAUGCUGAUUUAAAGAAUGAAACAUGGUGGCCCAAAUUGGACAACACUGAAAGUCUUGUCUCAGUCUUAACAAUCUUAAUUUGGAAUUCUUCUGCACAACAUGCUGCACUUAACUUUGGACAAUACCCUUAUGGCGGCUAUGUGCCGAAUCGUCCACCGUUGAUGAGAAGAUUGGUACCAGAAGAGUCUGACCCUGAAUAUACAAGCUUUUUAUCUGAUCCACAAAAGUAUUUCCUCAAUGCAUUGCCUAGUUUGUUGCAGGCUUCCAAAUAUAUGGCUGUUGUCGAUACACUUUCGACUCAUUCGCCCGACGAAGAGUAUUUGGGUGAGAGGCAACAGCCUUCUAUUUGGUCAGGUGAUGCUGAGAUUGUUGAGAAGUUUUAUGAAUUCUCUGCUGAAAUUGGAAAGAUUGAGAAGGUUAUUGAUAGUAGGAACUCUGAUAGGAAUUUGAAGAACCGUUGUGGUGCUGGUGUUUUACCUUAUGAGUUGCUUGCUCCUAGUUCUGAACCUGGUGUUACAUGCAGAGGGGUUCCAAAUAGUGUGUCUACAUAAUAAAUAAAUACAAAUCUUUUUAAGUAAAUAAAUUGAGUCACUUAUCACAUAUCACAUUUUGAUAAGCAUUAUUGUUGGUUGGGUUAUUUACUAGUAGUAACUUAACUAGUAUGGUCAGUGACUCAGUCAUGGUAAUCUCACAUUUUGUACCUAGAUUUGAUAAAUAUUAUAUUAUUACUAGUAGAUGCGUCAAUAUUAAUUCGUGUCUUAUGUCAAGUGUCAGAGUUUCAUAGGUAUAGGAGGGUGUUGAUUUGUUUAUAAAACAAUGGUUAAAUUGCAUUAUUAGUCUUUUAAAUUUAA